UGGGUGGAUGGAUGGAUGGAUGGGUGAGUGGGUGGGUGAAUGACUCCAGUAGUCAGGGGGCCUGCCUGGGAAUGGAUCUGCAGGAUGGGUGGUUUUGGGAAAAUGAGAGCAGGGAUCGGGUGUUCCUGGGCAUAGGGUGAGAUGUGCUAGUAGAGUCCCCGGCUUGUUGGGUCUACGAAUACCCUGAAUUAUUAUGUAGUGGUAUGUGAGUGGGAGUGGGUGUGGGUGUGCACACACUUACAUAUGUGGAUAUUUGUGCAUGUACACAGAUGAUUCUUGAAAAAGGAUCUUGGAGUGUCUUCAGAUUUUGAAACCGAGCCAGGACCCAGUAAAAGAUCAUAAAUCCUCCUUCAUUCCUUCUCAUGUUGACCUUGACCUGGACCCUAACCCUAACCCUAACCACCCUAACUCUAACCACCCUAACCCUGUGGAAAAGACCAAAACAGGUGUCAGAAGAGACUCUGACUUGCUCUUGAAUGUCCAAUAGCUAAAGCAAACAGAAUAAAUGACAAAGUGAAAAAGCAGAACUGAAGAUUUCAAAGGGCGGCUCCAGAAGACAAAGUAAAGUAUUAUAAUGACACGUGCAAAGACUCGGAGUUAGAAAACCAAAAGGGAAGAACAUGCUCAGCAUUUCUCAAGCUGAAAAAACUGAAGAAAAAAUUCAAGCCUCAAGUUUCAAUAUUAAAGGAUUCCAUGGGGAAAAUAUUAAACAACACAGGAGCAUCAGAAGAAGAUGGAAGGAAUAUACAGAGUCACUGUACCAAAAAAGAAUUGGUCAGUGUUCAACCAUUUCAGGAGGUAGCAUAUGGUCAGGAAACGAUGGUACUGAAGGAAGAGGUCCAAGCUGCACUGAAGGCAUUGGUGAAAAACAAGGCUGUAGGGAUUGACAGAAUAUCAACUGAGAUGUUUCAACAAACGAAUGCAGCGUUGGAAGUGCUCACUCGUCUCUGCCAAGAAAUUUGAAAGAGAGCUACCUGGCCAACCGAUUGGAAGAAAUUCAUAUUUAUGCCUAUUCCCAAGAAAGGUGAUCCAGCCAAAUAUGGAAAUUAUGGAGCAAGAUCAUUAAUAUCACAUGCAAGUAAAUUUUUUCUGAAGAUCAUUCAAAAGUGGCUGCAGUGGUACAUCGAUUGGGAACUCCCAGAAAUUCAAGUCAGAUUCAGAAGAGGACUUAGAACGAGGGUUAUUGUUGUUGAUAUCAGAUGGAUCUUGGCUGAAAGCAGAGAAUAUCAGAAAGAUGUUUACCUGUGUUUUAUUGACUAUGCAAAGACGUUCGACUGUGUGGAUCAUAACAAAUUAUGGAUAACGUUUUGAAGAAUAAGAAUUCCACAACGCUUAACUGUACUCGUGAGGAAACCGUACAUAGAUCAAGAUGCAGUCGUUUGAACAGAACAAGAGGAUAGUGAGUUGUUUAAAGUCAGGAAAUGUGUGCACUAGGGUUGUAUCCUUUCACCAAACUUAUUCAGUCUGUAUGCUGAGCAAAUAAUCUGAGAAGCUGGACUAUAUGAAGAAGAACAGAGCAUCAGGAUUGGAGGAAGACUCAUUAACAACCUGCGUUAUGCAGAUGACACAACCUUGCUUGCUGAAAGUGAAGAGGACUUGAAGCACUUACUGAUGAAGAUCAAAGACCACAGCCUUCAGUAUGGAUUGCAUCUCAGCAUAAAGAAAACAAAAAUCCUCACAACUGGACCAAUGAGCAACAUCAUGGUAAACGGAGAAAAGACUGAAGUUGUCAAGGAUUUCAUUUUACUUGGACCCACAGUCAACAUGCAUGGAAGCAGCAGUGAAGAUAUCAAACGAUGUGUUGCAUUGGACAAAUCGGCUGCAAAGGACCUCUUCAAAGUGUUGAGAAGCAAAGACGUCACCCUGAAGACUAAGGUGCACCUUUGAAUUGUGGUGUUGAUGAAGAAUAUUGAAUAUACCAUGGACUGCCAAAAGAAUGAACAAACCUGUCUUAGAAGAAGUACAACCAGAAUUCUCUUUGGAAGCAAAGAUGGCAAGAUUAUGUCUCACGUACUUUGGACAUGUUAUCAGGAGAGAUCAGUCCCUGGAGAAGAACUUAAUCCUUGGUAAAGUAGAGGGUCAGCAAAAAAGAGGAAGACCUUCAAUGAGAUGGAUUGACACAGUGGUUGCAACAAUGAGCUCAAGCAUAACAAUGAUUGUGAGCAUGGCGCAGGACUGGGUAGUGUUUCGUUGUGUUGUACCAAGGGUCACUAUCCUCAGAACCAACUCCACGGCACCUAAGAACAACAACAACCAGACCUAACUAUAACCCUAACCAUAAGUCUUGCCCUAACCUUAAUCUAGUCCUAACUCUCAUCCUAAUUCUGGGAUGGCCUGGUUUCCUCCUUUUCCAUGCCCCAUUGUGCACCUCCCUCUCCCCAGGUCCAGUCACUCACACGUCUGUCUGCCCCUCCUCAUUUCCCAUGGCCCUUCUAGCCUCCACAGCUCCUCAGUGUCUAAGGCCUGGCCUCAAGGUUCUGGCCUGCUCCUUUCUCUGCCCUUGGUCCCAGCUGAGUCGUCCUAAACCUUGUGCCUGGAGUCCCAGCUCUGAAUCCAUGGUCGUGUAAGAGCCUGGGCUGGACAUUCCAAUCCUCUCUGCUGAUUUCUGGGAGACUUGGGCCAGUCAGUGCCCCCUCCCCGGGCCUUGGUUUCCCCCUGUGCAGCGUGGGGUAGGACUGGGUCCAGUUCUGAAGACUUCUGGCUCUCCAGGCUGAGUGAGACAGAGGACCAUGAGCCCAGGGAUUCCUGUUCGUUCCCAGGUGAAUGGGCUCAUCUUCCAGAUGUUGGGCGGUUCUUGGCCAGUGCUAGUUCUCCUGAGAGGCCCUGUGGGCCUACUGGGACUCUCUGGCUGUCUGGAGGACCAGACAAGAGCGCUCUGGGUGCAGCACCUCUGUCUGCUUGGCUCAGGCUCACAUGGUAGCCUCUCCACCCAAAGGCCUCUCCCAUAGCUGUUGCUUGGCAGAAGUGUGUGUGUAUCUGUGUAUGUCUGUGUGUGUGCAUGUAGAUGUACAUGUAUGUGCAUUGUGUGUGUGCAUGUGUGCACAUGUGUAUGUGUGCACGGUGUGUAUGUGUGCAUGUGUGUAUAUAUGCAUGCAUUUGUUUUUGUCAUGUCUGUGCACCUGUGUGUGCAUGUGUUCACAGGCAUGUGAGCAUGUGUAUGUGUACAUGUGUGCAUGUGUAUAUGUACAUACGCAUGGCGGCAUGCAUCUAUGUGUGUGUAUAAGGGGGCUGUAUUGAACCAUCCACGCUAGACCAGUCAAGCCCACGUGCAGUCGUCGGGCAGGCCGCCUGGCCCCCAUCCCGUGCCAGGAGUCCUCUGCCAGGCGAAUGUUAGCUGUGGUUUCCCUCCUCCAUCUGACCCUCCUCCUGCCUUCUGACUCUCAGGGACUCCUCGGCAUUUCAGGUCUACUGAGAAAACGCCAGCUUCUUCUGCACUACUGCAGAGCUAAAAGAACAAGCCCCAAACACGCAGAUUUUCCACACUUUGUAGGCGUCUGUAGUGGGAUGGGAGGAGAUGGCCAUCUUUGAUUUUAUUAUUUUAGAAUGGACGUUUUCAAACAGAUACAAGACCAGACAGAAUGGUACAAUGAACCCUGUCACCCAGCUCCAGCUGUUAUCAAAUCCUGACCACUGUUGUCUACCUGCCCUCUACCUUCUAUCCCAGAAGACUGAAAAGUGCCAGACGGCAUAUCAUUUUGUCUGCAGAAAUUUCUGCAUAAAAGAUCAGGACUUUUAAAAACACAUGAGCCCAGUAGUAUUACCACACUUAACCAAAAAAAUGAGCACUGCUCUGAUUUCAUCAAACGUGCAGCCAGUCUCCACAGAUCCCCUCUGUGGAGCAGACGGAAGAUGCCUUGUUCCAUCAGGGCCACUGGUAGACCUUGGCAGUUCCUAGGCCGUUGCCCACUCUACGGUUCUGUGGUCUAGUUCUCCUCAUCCUGCGUGUCUGUCUUUGGAAUAAAGUCCUAGAAAUGGGAUUACUGGAUCCGAGGGUAAAUGGAUCUCUGAUCGUGCUAGGUGUUGCCAAGUCCCCUCCCUGGGCUUUGUGCCGUUUUGUAUGCCCAUGAGCAAUACUCAGGUGCCUUCUGCCCCGUGGAUUGUUGGAAGACUCCUGGGUGUUGGCUGAUCUCAUGGGGGAGAAAUAGCAAUGCCGUACCCUCUUCACAUAUAUACCUGUUAUAUGUGUGAGCCGAGCAUCUUUUGACGCCUGUAAUGAGCCGUUUACAUCUCCUCUUCUGAGAACUGGCUGCCCAUCUGCUAUCGCUUGGCACCUUGCCCAGCCUCCAGAGGAAGUGUCUCAGAAGGCCGGUGGUGGUUCCUCAGAGGGGUGAGAGGGUGGACAUGAAAACUCUCCAGCACGGUGUCUCUCAGAGGGGCCUGAGGCCCACCUGCCUCAGCAUAUCUGGGGCACUGGUUUGAUGUAUCACUUCCUGGGCCCACCCCAGACAGGCUGACUCAAACUAGUCAAAGCUGGAAACCCACCGCCCUGGGGGACCAGUUACCUGUUGCCAUUGAGUCAGCUCUGAUUCAUGGCGGCUCCACGUGUGUCAGAGUAGAACUGAGCUCCACAGGGUUUUCAAUGGCUGGCGUUCUGAAGUAGAUCCCCAGGUCUGUCUUCCGAGCAGCCACUGGGUGGACUCAAACCUCCAACCUUUUGGUUAGCAGCCAAGUACAGUAACUGUUUAUACCACCUAACCAAGUGGUUGGUGGUCUGAGUCCCCCCAGAGGCGCCUUGGAACAAAGUCCUGGUGAUCUACAUCUGGAAAACCAGCCAUUAAAAACCCCAUGGAGCACAGUUCUGCUCUGGCACACGUGGGGUCCCCCUGGGGGUGGGGAGAGUCCCCCACAGAGAGAGAUGUCUCUUUCAGUGGGAGACCUGUCCUCUCCUGCCCCAAAUCCAGCUGCUGGGUGUUGACCAUUUAACGAAGGCAGGGAUGGGAUGAGCACCAAGCAGAGUCAGCUCUUGGGCUGCUGUCUCUUUCCACCAGAUUCCUUCUGCUUGAGGUCACCACCAGAGAGCAGGACCUUGAGAGUUCUGCUAGGCAAUCUCAUGCCCCGGCAGUGGGGAGCCCCGGUGGGUUCUCGAGCAGGGGAGUGACCACCGGGAAGAAGGGCACUCUGGACAGGAGGGCAGGGUGAGGGGGACCUAGUGCAGAGGGGCUCCCGGGCAGGGGCCCACCUUUGCAGUGAGAGGGUGGCUUUGUGGGGAAGGGCAGCUCUGGUGGCAGCGAGGUGGGGAAGCUGGCAGUUGGAGGGCUGUGGAGGAAGGCAGCCUCCCCAGGAGCGAGGCCUGGCAUGGGGCCAGCAGCUAGCUUCCAGUCAGAGAAAGCCUUUUGGAGAAAGGGGAAGGAGGCCGGGUAGGCAGAGGAGCAGUUAGGGACAGUGAGAAACCCUCAGAGGGGCAGGAACCUGUGGCUGGAGCCGUACCCUGAGGCCCACCCCACUGCCAGGAAGGGGUCCCAGAGGGGCUUCUGGAAGCAGCUGCAGCAGAGGUGAGAGAGGCACAUUGCCUAGGGAAGCCUGCCCUGGAGAAGGGGAUCAGGAGCUUCCAGAGCCCUAAUACAGGCUUGGGGGUGGUGCGUGGAAGCGCCUUUCCCCACUGCCUGUCAUCACUCCGCCCGCUAGUGGUACAGUCAACUCACUGGGCUGCAAACCGAAGGAUUGGUGGUUCAACUCCACCCAGAGGUGCCUCGGAGAAUGGCCUGGCAAUCUGCUUCCGAAAAAGCAGCAGUGCUCUCAACGCUCCAGCCGGAGGCAUGGCCACACGAGGCACCCUGAGCCCUCAUCAGGUGGGCUCUUUUGGCCAGCAGGUAUGAAGCAGAGGUGCAGCAGUCCACAGCAGGUGGGAUCCGAGGCACCCAGGUGUCCACACUUCCCAGAGGUGGAGCGUUAACAGCUUUGAGGUUGCCCAUUGGUGAGAACCUGGUCAUGGGCGGGACCUGAAGCCCGCCUGGAGCCACCCGCAUCUGAACCUCUCUGGGUCACAAUGGCCCUACAGGAAGACCCGGGCCCAACCCAAAGAAACACCUGCCACCUGAAGGGAGCGGGGGCCAGAGCCCCGUGCCACUCAGGGCUCUUCCCCAGAGGCAUAGGGAGGGGGGCAGAGGGGGGAACUUGCCCCCAGGUGCAAGUUCAAGGGGGUUCCAGAUGAGGCUUGGAAUGACAUCCCAAGGCACCACAAAUGUGAGAGACACCUGACUAAGGCAGCCGGACAAGAAGGGGCGAAGGCGUUUCUGUUGACAUGUCGCUGCUAUCAAAGUCUAUUCAUUUGAAGUUGGGGGACCGCAAACUUAGAGAUUGCCCUGGGCGCUUGUUACCCUUGAUACCCCACUGCCACUCACAAGCUGGCUGCUAGUGCGAGCUGGGCACUGCUGUGUACAAGGACCCCUGUGUCCCUUGGCGGGUGUCUGCUGUGAAUGCCCCCUCAGAGGGCGGCAGACCAGGCAGCCAACACACCUUCAUCCAGGCUCCCACAGUGGCCUACCCUUGCAUGUGUGCUCUGUGCCCAGCUGGAUGUGGUGCAGGGCCACAGACAGAAACCAUACCCGACACCGGGCCUGCUUUCAUGUGUGAGAAGUUGUGUGAAAGAUCACAGGGCAGGUGAGGGGCUGCAGGGCGGGGAAAAGGUGUGAGGGUGGCUGGGAAGCCCCUAUCAGAACCGAGAGAAGGACAGAGAGGUGGUGGGUCUGGAGCCCUUUCUUCUUGGGCCUGUGGUCUCCCUGGAGGGUCCCAUGCUGGGCUGGGCAGGUGGCUGCCAGGGCUGGAGCACACUGUGGGAGAGGCUUGGGCAGCGGGCUCUGGAGGAUCUGUCCCUGAGUGGGCUGGGGGCAGCAGUCCUGGCUGGCAGCGACCUUCCCUACCAGAAGGUGGAGGAAAUGCUGGCCGGCAAGGCCUUUGGCUGACAGACGGCUCAGAUCCCAGAGGCCAGAGCCUGGGGGUAGAUGGGGACGGAACACCCAAGUCUCAAGCGCCCUGGACACACAGGAGAAACCCCUCCUCAUUAAGCCUUGCACCCCUGCAGAGCUCCAUGCUGGGCCCCAAGAGAGAUGAGAGGGACCUGAGUGCCCACCUUGGGGCUGGGCCUUGGGUGGGGACCAGUGGACGACAGGGGCCAAGGCCUGGCCAGUGGUGACCUCAGUGUCCUGGUCUUCGGUCAGGAGGCCACAAUACUGGCCUCGCCCUGCCCAAACCAUUUGGCCUAGGCCAGCCCCUCCCCUCUGUCUUAGUUAUCUAGUGCUGCUAUAACAGAAAUACCACAAAAGUGGAUGGUUUUAACAAAGAGAGAUUUAUUUCUUCACAGUAAAGUAGGCUAAAAGUCCAAAUUCAGGGUGUCAGCUCCAGGGGAAGGCUCUCUCUGUCUGCCUUCUCAUCAAUCUUCCCCCAGACUAGGAGCUUCUCUGCGCAGGGACCCCGGGUCUAAAGGACACACUGUGUUCCUGGUGCUGCUUUCUUGGUGGUAUGAGGUCCCCCGUCUCUCUGCUCCCUUCUCUCUUUUAUAUAUCAAGAGAUUGCCUCAAAACACAAUCCAAUCUUGUAGAUUGAGUCCUGCCUCACUAACACAACUGCCAUCCAUCUUCCCUCAUUAGCAUGAUAGAGGUAGGAUUUACAACAAACAGGAAAAUCACACAAUACCAGGAAUCAUGGCCCAGCCUAACUGAUACACACAUUCUAGGGGUGGGGGGCUGCAGGACACACAAUUCAAUCCCUGACACCCUCUCUGGCCUCAGCUUCCACCUCUUUAAAAUGGAGAGGGGUAGGAUUGAAGUUAUCCCAAGCCUCUUCCAGUCUUUAAAGAGACAGAUGCAGUGUGCAGGGGUCAAGGCGGGGGUGUAGGAGGACGGGGCCGCAGGGAGGGUGACCUCCUCCGCGUACUCCACAGCGGUGCCCACUAAAGGCUGGGGGUGGAGGAGCUGGAAGGGGCAGCUGGUGUGGAGAAGGCCUCCAGGAGACUGCCUGGAGGAGGGGGCAGCUGGUGUGGAGAGGGCAGAGCAGCAAGGCUAAAGCAGAGGGCAUUCCCGGUGGCUCCGCAGAGGUCCUGCCAGGCGGCCCAGCUGAGCGUGAGUCUGGGUACAGGGCGCCUGUGCUGUCAGGGUCACCCGGCCGGCAUGGGAGCACAUGCAGCCCUCACGUGCUCCCAGGUGGCCCGACCGUUUGUGUGUAUGUGUGUGGCAGGCCCUUUGCUAGCUGCCAGGGUGGCACAUGUGAGUAAGCAUGUGCAUCGGGCCCCUUGAGUGCUCCCAUGGUGGCCCGCGUGUGUGUGUUUCUGUGUGUGUGUCUCUGUGUGUGUGUGUGGAUGUGGAGGGGCCCCUUGCAUUCUCCCAUGGUGGCUAAUGGGUGUGUGUGUGUGUGUCUAUGUGUGUAUAUGUGUGUGCGGCAGGCCCUGGGCACACUUGUGGCUCUCCCUGGCAUGACAGUGUGAACACGCUCCUAUGGGGUCUGAGCACAGCGCUGGGAGGCCAGAUCCCGGGAAUGGACUGUUUGUGUUUUACGGCCCACGUGCACCUUCCUGAGAUGACGGUGCGGAAACCAGUGGACUGGGGAGGAGGAAGCCUCACACCACAGCUGGAGACCAGCUGGCUUUGCUCUUGCAAGCUGUUUUCUAGAGCCUAUGCUCUCUGCUUAGCAAAGAUGCUGGUUUUUUAGACCCAUGGGUGCAGGUACCCGGCACCCCCACUCCCCCCAGAAAUUCCCCGGGCAGCCCCAGUCUGGGCCAGUGCUCAGGCAGGCGGGGAGCCCCGUCACCCACGUUCUCACUAACGUCAUUUGUUCGUGCAGCCUUAAGAAGGAGUUUGCGGUGCAGGGCCUCCAGAGGACAGCUUCCUUGGCCCCUAGGCGGUACCUGCAGGGCACUGCAGGAGGAGUCCACGGCUCAGCCCAGGGGACUCCAGGAGCAGCGACACCCAGGCUGCACUGCAGCCCAGAGCCAUGAACGAAUCCUGCAACAACAGCCAGCAGUCCUCGCCGCCCUGGGUCGCCCACCUGUCCUCGGCCUACGCGGCUUUGCUGCUGCUGCUGGGCCUGCUGCUCAACGGCCUGGCGCUCUGGGUGCUGUGCUGCCGCUUGCCACGGUGGACGGAGACACGAGUCUACAUGGUCAACCUGGCGGCUGCCGACCUGUGCCUGCUGUGUGCCCUGCCCUUUAUGCUGCUCAACCUGCGGUACCGGGAGUCUGACACGCUGUUCUGCCAGCUCUCCCAGGGCAUCUACCUGGUCAACAGGUACAUGAGUGUCAGCCUGAUCAUGGCCAUCGCCGUGGACCGCUACCUGGCUGUGCGGCACCCCCUGCGCGCCCGAGGGCUGCGCUCGCCAAGCCGGGCUGCGGCUGUGUGCGCACUGCUCUGGGUGCUGGUGGGAAGCUCCCUGGCGGCCCGCUGGACCCUGAGUGUGCAAGAGGGUGGCUUCUGCUUCUCCACCAACACCCGGCACCACAUUGACAGUGUGGUCUUCUCACUGCUGGGGUUCUACCUGCCACUGAUCGUGCUGGUUUUCUGCUCCCUGCAGGUGGUGGCCGGCCUGGCCCAGAGGCCACUAGCCGACUCGGCCCAGGCGGAGGCCACCCGGAAGGCCGCUCGCAUGGUCUGGGCGAACCUGGCAGUGUUUGUGGUCUGCUUCUUGCCGCUGCACGUAGUGCUGACGGUGUACUACGCCAUAGGCCCGCACAGCUGUGCCUGGCGCCAAGUGUUUAAGUACUCUCUCUACUUCACCUCCAGGCUCUCGGAUGCCAACUGCUGCCUGGAUGCCAUCUGCUACUACUACAUGGCCAAAGAGUUCCAGGAGGCCCGCUCUUUGGCCCUUGGGGCCAAGGCCCACAGGAGCCAAGAGUCUGUGGGUGUGGUCCUCACCUAGGGGGUUACCGCAGGCCGGGACUCUGGGAGAUGCUGCUGGGGGAACCUGUGGCCAGCUGCUGGGGGGCCCAGAAUCUCUGGGGCGCCCAGGUGGCAGCAGCCCGAUCCUUGGGAUGAGAGAGGGAUGGGGAUGAGGGCACGACGACUGAAGCCUGAACCGGCCAACCCCAGGGCCUUGGAGGUGCACACCUGGACACCCUGGCUGGGAACACCUGGACACCCUGGCUGGGAACACCUGGACACCCCACCUGGAUACACCUGGACACCCUGCCUGGGUACACCUGGAGUGGGUGGGAGUUGGUGGUUGGCUUACUGCCAGCACCCCACUGGGGGUGCAGAUUGAAGCUCUGCACAAAAAGUGCUGAGACGAGGCUUCCCGAGGGGGAAGGGAGGAAGCCAGUGGCUGGGAGGAACAAAGGCUGUGUCCCCAGAGGCCUCAAGGGCUCUCAUUUUGGGACCUCACUGUGCCCUUACACCUGCUCCCACCCCUGGCCCAUCCCCCACACAUGGGGAUGGCUGGGGGUCUACAGCUCCCAAAGGACACACAGCCUGCCCCUCCCCAUGUAGGGCUGUGCAGGUGCUUUGGUGGGUCGGGGGGCAAGGGGAUCAUGCAGGGCAGCAGCAGCAUGAGCCCCAGCCCCUGCGGUCCCACCCUCACCCAGGCUACCUGCCCUUUCAUAGCAGCACCCCAGAUCUUUCCAGGGCUGGAAGACCAAUCAGGGACCAAGUCAGGAAACUGUAGCCAAUGUCCAGGGCUGGAAUCCCUGCCUGGCGUGGCUCCUGUCCUAGGGCCCGGCCCACAUCCUCCUCUCCCCACCACUAACCCCCUACUCUCUCCCACUCACCACCCUGCAGCAACCUAGGGGGCCUUGGCAUACCCGCCUGAGACUGCUGUCCAGCCCCCUUGUGGCUUGGGAGGCCCUGAACAGCUGUGGUGUCCAGCCCUCCACCCAUCUAUGAGUUCAUCAGCUAUCCUAGAGCACACCGCCUGGCUUGGGGAUCAGGACUGGUGCACCCUGCCCACCAGGGCACCCAGCCUCCAACCCCAACCCUGCCUCAGGCCACCAAGUCUUUUGUUAUCCUACCCAGAGACCCUGAGCAGCACAGGGCUGGCGGGGCCACACUCUCGUCCUAUGGAAGAGCUGAGCACCCAAAGUGUAUGGGGCAGUGUCUGGGGGAGCCCAGCAAAUGCAGGUGUGAGCAGCCAGCGGGGCACAGCGGCCCCCUCCAUCUGGCCACACAUCCCCAUUCCAGCGCCCCGGCACUUCUGCAGCCCAGGCUGAAGCUGAGCUACCUGCACAAGGGGGAGCCAUCUGCCAUUUCUGGGGAGCAUUCAGGGCUCGUGGCUGCAAAGGACAGACCUCGUACAGGGCGGCCCCUGGCAUGGCCUAGAAACGAGCCUCUCUCACCAGAAGGUCAGGGUUGGUGUGGAAUUUUAACCAGGUGCAGUGGCGUUGAUUCUGACUCCUGGUGCCCCCUGUGUGUCAGAGUACAACUGUGCUCCACAGGGUUUUUAGCAGCUGAUUUUUAAGAAGCAGAUUGCUGGGCCUUUCUUCCAAGGCACCCCUGGGUGAUCUCAAACCUCCAACCUUUGGGUUAGCAGCCACGUGCAUAAACCAUUUGCCCCACCCAGGGACUCCCAGUGUAGAAUUUAGGUGGCACGUGAUUUUCAGACACAGCGCAGAAGGUCAUUGCUUUAGGCUCCAGCAUUGCUGUUGGGAAGUCCCUUGUCCUUUUGAUUCCUAACUUUGUACUUUAUCUGUUUGUUUUUUUGUGCUCUGGAUCCUUUUAGGAUAUUUUCUUUAGAGCACUAAAGUUUCACAGUGAGGUACCUCAGUAUGGGUUUUUACUCAGCUAUGGUAUUGGAGGCCUGGUGGCUCAGUAGUUAAAGUGUUCCCCUGCUAACUAAAAGGUCAGCCGUUUGAACCCAUCAGCUGCUCCUUGGGAGAAAGGUAUGGCAGUCUGCUCCCCUAAAGAUUUACAGCCUUGGAAACCCUCUGGGGCAGUUCUCCUCUGUCCUAUAGGGUCACUAUGGGUCGGAAUCCAUCCGACAGCAGUGGGUUCGGUUUUUUUGGUUACGGUACUGGGAACAUGGUGGCUUCUUUCCGUCGAAGGACUGGGGUCCUUCAGUUCUAAAGAAUGGACUGGUUUCCACCUUCAGGAAUCUCCUGCCCCCCUUCACCAAGAGAUGACUCCUGUGGGUCAGAGGUUGGAGCUCUUGGACUGACUUCUCUCUUUCUUAGUUUUUAUAUCCUGCUAUCCCUCUAAAUUAUUUCAGAUUUUUUUUGAGGUGAAAUUCACGUAACAAAAAACUGGCCAUUUUAGAGCGUACAGUUCACUGGCAUUUAGUCCAUUGGCAACCACCACCUCUCGGAGUUCUGAGAGGGUUCCCUCAGCCCCAGAUAAAGCCCACCAAGCAGUCACGUCCGCCCCCCCCAGCCCCCUGGUCGCCCCCCAGCCCUGGCAACCAUCAGGCUGCGCUCUGUCCCUGUGGACUUCACCUGUUGCACACAUUUCAUGCGAGUGGCACCACGCAACAUGUAGCCUCCUGCAGUGGCGUCACACUAGGGUUGGUGUCACCGAGUCUGGUCACUCAGAGUGUCGCCCCCCAUGGGCCUGCUCCCGGUCCCGGCUGCACAGGGUCCUUCGUGAUGUUUUCUGUCCUGUUACUCCUAAGUCAUAAUUCCUGUGUAGCACUCCUUCUUUUCCUUUAAUGACUACUUCAGUCUCAAAAACAUUAUCUGAUAUAGGUUCACAAAUGCUCAUCACCACAGUGUUAUAACUGAAACAACAGAAAAUUUGACAAAAUCAGCGGCUGUAACGACACGGGCAGCAACAAAUAUAAGGGCGUGCGAUUUUACUGGGAGCAGAUGAGACUACGCCGUGGAAAGCAUCACGGUGUCUGGGUAACGACCGCAGCUCUGGCCGCGGGGCAUUGGCAGGGUCCACAAGGAAAUCAGCAGAGCGUUUUAGCCUGGUAGGUAUAUUGAUAUUCCUAAGCUGAGCUUACAAAAACACUUUGAUUGUUAUAACUACCAGGAUAUUUUCAUAAAAAGUAAUAAAUUUCUGCGGAAACCCUGCACAGCAGUUGUAUAGACAGUCGUUUUGGUGUCACCCCCUCCACUCCGCACGCCCCGGUGACAUCACUGACCUUGUGUCUGACUGAUCUCACUUAGGGGAACGUUUCCAAGCUUCAUCCAGUCUGCGGCAUGACUCAGAACUUCGUCCUCUUUACGGCUGAAUAACAAUAUCCCAUAAUAUCCCAUUGUGUGUCAUAUUUAUUCAUUCGUCUGUUGAUGGACGCUUGGGUUUUUCUGCCUUUUGGUGUGAACAGUGCUGCAGUAAAUAUUGGUGCACAAGUAUCCGUUUGCAUCCCUGCUUCCAAGUCAUUUGGGUGUAUACAUAGGAGUGGGGUUGCUGGGUCAUUUGGUAAAAAGAGGAAGACCCUCGGUGAGAUGGACUGACACAGUGGCUGCAACAGUGGGCUCAAGCAUAACGAUCGUGAGGAUGGCGCGGGACCAGACGGUGUUUUGUUCUGUUGUGCACAGAGUCGCUAUGAGUCGGAACCGAUUCGACGGCACCUAACAACGACAACGUGGUGAUUCUAUCUUAACUUCAUGAGGAGCCGCCAAACCAUUUUCCAUAGUGGCUGCGCCAUCUUACACCGCCACCAGCAAUGUCAGAGGGUUCCAGUUUCUCCACGUUCUUGGCAACACUUGUUACUUUCUGGCCUUGGAUAGUGGCCAUCCUAGUGGGGGUGAAGUGGUGUCUCGUUGUGGUUUUGAUCUGCAUUUCCCUAAUGACUAGUGGUGUGAAGCACCUUUUCACGUGCUUCUUGUCCAUUUCUAUUUCUUCUUGGGGGAAAUGUCUUUUCAAGCACUUUGCCCAUUUUAAAUUGGGUUGUUUAUAUUUUUAUUGUUGAGUUUUGAGUUCUUUAUGUGUUCUGAAUACUAGACCCUUACCAGAUAUGAUUUGUAAAUACAUUCUCCCAAUCGGUAGACUGUCUUUUUACCUUCUUGAUAACGUAACUCUGAUGCACAUUUUUAAUUUUGGUGAAAGUCAGUGUUUUUUUCUUUUGUUGCUUGUGUGUUUGGUUUCCUACCUAAGACUCCACAGUCAGAUCCAAAUUCCUUUGAAUUUUUAGUCUACCCGCUAGGGAAUCUCCUCUAUUUUAUAGCCAUUUUACAGAGUUUUUAUGUCAAUUAUUACUCAGGAGCCCCUCCUUGGCUUUUGAGCAUUACCUUUACAAAUAGCAUCCUGUUCUCACUCCAGGGACACAUCAUCUCCUCCUGUGUCUCUGAGGACCCCACUUGGGGUUUCCUUCUGUUUUCAGCCCUCUCCUGCUUCCUCUGUUGUCUCCAUUUCUUCUUUUUCCCGUUGUUCUGACCCCCUUCUCCCUGUGGAAGGCCCUUCCCAGCAUUUGCAAUCUUUGGCAGUCUGUGUGGGGAGAGCCUGAGGCUGUGAUGGGCGAGGUGAGAGCUGUGGUUGGCUGGGGCCGUGGCCCAUUGCUCGGGAUCUCAGACCCGUGGGCCUUUUCUCCCUGCAGUUCAAGUGGUGUGUGGGGAAGGGGCAGCUCAAGGAAGGGGUCUGCAGUGCAGAUGAGCAGGCAGACUGUCCCUCAAUCUCCUGUUUUCGGUGCAGACCCUGACACCACCUUCCUUUGUGCCUGGUGUCCCCACAGUCUGAAGGCUAUCAGGUGGCCCUUUUCUGGGAAUAUAUCCCCAGUCUUCUGUGCGAAAGGAUGUACCUAAGAGGGAUCCAUGCAAGAAAAAGGCACUUUUCUGUGUAUCUCACACAGAGUAAACCAAAAAAACAAAACCCAGUGCUGUCGAGUUGAUUCCGACUCAUAGCGACCCUAUAGGACAGAGUAGAACUGCCCCAUAGAGUUUCCAAGGAGCACCUGGUGGACUUGAACUGCCGACCCUUUGGUUAGCAGCUGUAGUACUUAACUACUACGCCACCAGAGUUUCCUCACGUAGAGUAGGAGGCAAGAAAUUUGGUGACUGAGAAACUACUGGAAGGUUUGGGUAAGAGGAGGUCCUGGGGCUGCUUGCUGCCCAGCCUCCAAGUCAGGGCAACGUAACUGCACGCCAGGAGCCAGGACCCUGCAAGGCACCAAUGCCAGGGCGGCCCCACCGCUUUGGAAGGGAGGAGGCGGUGCAGUGCUGAGUCCAGCCAAAGGUGAGCACUUCCAGAAACUUCUGCCAGCAUCAGGCUGCCGUUUCCCCAGAGUGACCAUCUGGACCAUGGCACACAAACCGUGGGUCAGCCUCCCCUGCCUGGCCCCAGAGGAAGACAGGCCUAAUCUAAACUUCAUCCAGUGCCCUGGCAGCAGGAAGGUCUAGGAAAUGUUGUUCUCAGGCUUCCAGCCCCUGCUGUACAGGGAGAACAUGGAAGAGGCUGCAGAUGUCCACUGUUCAUCGCACAGGGGCCUGGGAGCUGGGUGUGAGCAUGUCUUAUGAUGAGAGGGCUAGGGCCCUGUGUCCAGAGCCCCGUCACGGGACACCACACCAGGUUCCUCACCGUAGCCCUGAGGGCACCAUUCAGCCUCCCCCACCCAUUGCCCGGCAACCUCAGCUGCUUGCUGUGGGUGCUGUGGGUGCUCUGAGGACAGCGAGGACAAGCCGUGGUGCCCUCAUGCUCCCUGUCCUCCUCGGUGGUUCUCAGAGGACAGGGGAAGAGCUGCUCUCCCUUGGCCUCCUUUCUAUGCGAGGCAGCCUGGCUGGCUCUCCAGGUCAGUCCUGCUGUGGCUGUGGGUGCCCCCAGCUGGAGAACACCCUCAGAGGGGCCUCAGGCUCAGCUCUGUGCACCCAAGCCCCCUCAUGCCUGCUGUCCCACUGCCUACUCUGGGUGUGGGGUGACACUUCUGCCAGGAUGUUGCCGAACGGCACGCCCUGUUUGGUUGGCGGUGAGACUUCCACCAUCACCUCAGGCUAGAUGCCUCCCCGCUACCCUAGGUCCCAUAAGCCAUCUCUGAGAUGGAGCUUUGCACUCAGAGGCUCAUGGGGUGUACUCUUGGGGUACCCCACACAGGUGCAGGUGAAGCAGUAUGGCAGAGGGAGCAUUCGCACUGCAACUGGGGGGCUCUGGUGCGGAGUGAGCCUUCCACACAGGCAGGGGCUACGCCCCUGCACACCCCUGCCCCCCAUGGAACAGUCACUGGAGGUGGCUGCCUUGGAUUAGCUGCAGAA